UGAGGUCUGAGUCAAUCAGAGCGGGAUGCGCAUUCUUCCAUUUUCCAUUUCGCAAGCAUGUGGACGACCCGCGUGCUGGGUCUUCUCAGCCUCGCGUCCCUCGGCGCGGCCGGCGCGUGCGAUUCCGCGAGCUUCAACGCGACGGCGUCGGUGGCCAUCGCAUCAGCGAUUGCCGUGCGCAGCCUGGUUGUCGGCGCCGAGGCGUGCUUCCAAGUCACCUGCACCGAGCCGUCGGCGCAGUGGGUCUCGAUCGGUUUUGCUGCCUCGUCCAAGAUGGUCAACAGUCCCGUCACCAACGCGGUCGUCUUCAAAUCGGCAUCUACCUCCGUUCAACUCUACGCCCUCGGCGACUACAGUGCGUCCGGCAUCACCCUCCAAGCGGACCAGUCGGCCAUCCGCGUGGCCCAAGCCGCAAGUGUCAACGGCGUGGCGACGUUUACAUUCUCGCGCGCCUUGGCGGGCUCCAGCGCCGACGUGGCCUUGACCGACGGCGGCGAAACGACGGUGCUGUGGGCCUACGGCACGUCGGCAUGGCCCGCCUACCAUGCCGCGCGUGGCGCCACGCGCCUUGUCCUAAGCUCGGGCGUGGGCCCGGCCCAAGUGUUUGCCGCGGCGUCGACGGUCGUCACCACGUACACCGUGAUCAUUGUCGCCGCGGCGUUCGUGACGCUGCUCGCGAUGGGCCUCAUCGCGACGCACGCCGGUGACAACUGGCGCGUCAUCCACCACAAGACGCUGCUGGCGCCGCCCGGUUCGUCGCAUGCCGCAGGCGCCGUGCUCCAGCCACUUGCGGACGUCAAGGUCGGCGAGUGGCUCGUCGUCGCCGUGUACAUUGCGACGCUCGCCAUCAUAGGCGCCUCGGUCAACCAUCAGUUUGUCGGUGCGAGCGCCACCCGGGCAGCCAGCCUUACCACGGGACACUUGGCGCUCGCGCACUUGAUGCUCUUGCUCUUGCCCGUCGCGCGCGGCAAGCACUGGGAACUCGCUUUCGGGAUCGCGCCGGACCGGAUCCUCAAGUUUCAUCGGGCGCUCGGGCGUGUCGGCGUCCUGCUCAUGCUGGCGCACCUGCUUUUGAACGCCGUCGACAGGAACGUGACGACGGCGACGGCAGUUGGGACGCAGGAAGCCGUGCCGCUCUACGGCUUCCUCGCGUUCCUUGCGUUUGCGUCCAUGGGUCUUGUUGCGUUCGAGCCGAUCCGCCGGCGCUGGUACGAAGCCUUCCUCUACUUCCACCGCGUCGCCGCCGUCGCCGGCAUUGUCUUGGCCAUGCUGCACAGCAUGGCGGUGGUCUAUGGCAUGAUCUUCCCGCUUGUCAUUUACGGCCUCAGCGCCCUCGGCCGGCUCCGCGCCUUCUUCAACCGCUUUGAAGCCCAUGUCGAAGCCGACGCUCACGGCACGGUCACGCUCUUGUUGCCGUCGACGCCGCAGACCAAGCGCUGGGCAGAGACCAUGAACCCCUGCUCGUUCUUCUACGUCUGCAUCCCGUCCAUCUCGGCCACCGAGUGGCAUCCGUUCUCAGCAAUCGUGUCGCCCAAGCAAGAUUCGAUCGGCUUUUGCAUCAAGGCCCCGAAGAAAGGGUCGUUUGGCGACAAGGUGUGCCGCGCUGCAGCGACAUCACCGGCGCUGAGCGUGCUUGUGGGUGGACCGUAUGGCAAGCUCAGCGUCGAUAUCGCCAAGUACGAUCGCGUCGUCAUGGUCUGCGGCGGCGUCGGCGUCACGCCGAUGCUGAGCGUCGUCAACCAAUCGCGCGACGACAAGCGACACCGCGACGGCAAGUUUGUGUUGCACUGGGUCGUGCGCGCGCCAAGCGACCUGCUCAUGGCCGACAGCCUCAUGCACCCGCUGCCGCUCCACGUGACGAGCACGCUCUACGUGUCGACGGCGACAGCAGGAAGCAGCGCCCGCAGUCUCUCGGGCGAAGACGUUGCGUUUCUUGCUGGACGGCCCGUGCUGGACGAAAUCCUCAACCACGAGCGGUUCCUCGGCGAGAAGGUCUGCGUGCUCGCGUGCGGCCCGCCGAGCCUCGUCGCCGACGUCCAGCGCCACGCCUACGAGUUGGGGUUUCCAUUCCAUAAAGAAGUGUUUGCAUUUUAAGUAUCAAAUUUAUCCGGA